CUGGCGAUAGUAGUCUCGGGGCUGCAGCUUCCUGGGCUCAUAUAUCACCGGGGGUACACUCUAUUUACGACUCCCGCCAAGCCCAAGUUCAUGACGGAAUUCCAGACCCUGCAUUUCCCGAAAUCUGGAAUUUGGUCUAUUCAUCAAGAAGGCACGCGGAUCCCUCCCACGCCUCCUUGGGCCUCAGAGGAUGUACCGCUCACUCUUCGUCGGGACCAUGGGUUAAAUGUGUUCUUGUGGCUGUUCUAUUCGGACCAUCAACGCAAUUCCUUCUCUUGUUCGCGUUUCCGACAAUGACUGUCUCUGGCUUGCUAGUACUGGUAGUGCAAUAUAUUUCUUCGUAUAAAAGGACUAUGGGCAACCGCAAAUCAUACUCACUCAUCGAGUCUUCUACGUAAUUUCCUUCCUUCACUAGCAGUCCUUCUCUAGCAGCCAUGUUCUUCUUCCGCGCACUUACUGCAGCUUCGGCAUUCUUCCUCGCCGUCAGCCCAAUCCUCGCUUCUCCAGCACCUCUCCAAGCCGACCUCGUCAAAUUCGACACUGACUUGGUAGCCCGUGCAGAUGUAAAUGUUCUCGACAUCUUCAGCGACCUCAAGGGCGUCGCCGAUCAGAUCCUACCAGAAAUUGAGAGUCUCAUCAAGAACAACACUCUCACUCAGGACUUGGUUAUGCCCCUCAUCAACGACCUCAUGGGGGCAAUCAAGAACGCGACGUCCGAGUUGGGAAGCUUGGAUAAGUCUUCGGUCGUUGUAGGAGGUACGAAUCAGGAGCUCGCUACCCUGGUAGCCGGGAUCGUCACAGAUAUCUCGGGCACGAUGGACGGUUUGACGACUGCCAGUGUCGAUUCGUCUUCCUUGGACUUGGGCUCUAUCCUUCUGGACGUGGGUGGUGUUCUUGCAGGACUGCUCGUUGCUGUCGUUGGAAUAGUGGGAGGUCUUCUGGCAUUGUUGCUUCCUCUGCUCCUCCCUGUCGUGGGUCUCCUUGUGACGAUUGUUGUGGGAUUAUUGGGCGGGCUUUUGGGUCUCAUUCUUUGAAGGACGAUUUUAUACGCAUAUUCUGCUAAUACCGGACAGACGAGUCAUAUAAUGCAUAUAUAGUCCAUGUGAAUUAUUCAUUUAGGCAGGUGCUGUUCGCUAAACAGGUCGUGAGUAAUCUUCAGACAAAUAGUGGUAACCGACA